UUUGGCUACAAGAGCCGGGGCCUCCGGAGGGCCCUGUGCCUGGCCGGCUACGUCCUCUCCUGCGGGGGCCUCCUGCUUCUCUUCCACUGGAAACCCCAGUGGGGCGUCUGGGCCAACUGCCAGCCCUGCAGCCUGGAAGAGGCCGACGUGGUGCUGCUCCGGACCACGGAUGAAUUUCAGAUUUGCACCCGGAAAAACGUGACCUGGAUUCCUCUGCCUGCCCACCUGAAGCCCGGCUCUCUCCCCACGGACGAGGAGGAGCCGCUCCUCAACAGGGUCAUCGAGAGACCCGGGUUCAAGGUGCGGUCCCUCCAGGUGCAGAAGAUCCGCUACGCCUGGGACUUCUCUGCGCGAGAGUUUCGAAAAGUCGGAGCCCUGGAGGACCAUUGCAGCUCCCUGGAGGUCCACGCCAGGUUCGGGGCAGGGCUGAGCAGCUCCCAGCAGGAGCUCAGGAGAGAAAUCUGUGGCCCCAACACCAUCGACAUCGAAGUCGCACCGAUCUGGAAGCUGCUGGUCAAGGAGGCGCUGCACCCAUUUUACAUCUUCCAAGCCUUCAGUGUCUGCCUGUGGUUUGCAGAGAACUACACGGAGUAUUCGGUGGCCAUAAUCCUCAUGUCCCUCCUUUCCAUUUCACUCACGGUGUAUGACCUCAGAAAGCAAUCUGUGAAGCUGCACCAGCUGGUGGAAUCCCAUAAUAGUGUCCUGGUCAAGGUGUUCAGGAAACAGACAGGCACCCAGGAGGUGGAGUCCCGCCAUCUGGUGCCCGGAGAUACCCUGAUCCUGGACGAGGGCAGGAGACUGAUGCCCUGCGAUGCCCUCCUGCUCAGCGGCCAGUGCAUCGUCAACGAAGGCAUGCUGACCGGGGAAAGUCUUCCCAUCACCAAGACCAGCCUGCCCCAGGACUGCAAGAGCAGUCAACCGUGGCAUCUCAGCUCCUCCGAGGACAGCAAGAGGCACCUUCUCUUCUGCGGGACAGACAUCAUCCAGACCAAGGGAGGGGAUGGAGGACCAGCAAGGGCCGUUGUGCUGCGGACCGGUUUCAACACCGCCAAGGGAGACCUGGUGAGAUCCAUCCUGUAUCCCAAGCCGAUGAACUUCCGCCUCUACAGGGACGCCAUGCAGUUUCUCCUGUGUCUGGUGAUGGUGGCGGCCAUCGGGAUGGUCUACGCAAUCUGUGUCUUUGUAAUCAAUGGGCAAGAGGCAGGCGAGGUGGUGAAGAAAGCCCUGGAUGUCAUCACCAUCGCUGUGCCUCCAGCCCUGCCGGCUGCCCUGACCACCGGCAUCAUCUACGCCCAGAGGAGGCUGAAGAAAAAGGGGGUUUUCUGCAUCAGCCCCCAGAGGAUCAACGUGUGUGGCCAGCUGAACCUCCUCUGCUUUGACAAGACGGGCACCCUCACGGAAGACGGGCUGGACCUGUGGGGCAUCGUCUUGGCCCAAGGAAAGAGCUUCCAGGAGGUCCAUCGCUUCUCUUCUGGCCCCCCAAUGCCUUGGGGCCCGGCGUAUGCGGCCAUGGCCUGCUGCCAUUCCUUGAUGGUCCUGGAUGGGAAGAUUCAGGGGGACCCACUGGACCUCAAGAUGUUUGAGGCAACUCACUGGGAACUUGUGGAGUCCGUCGGUUGGGAAGGAGGCCCGGCUGAUGUCCUGGUGGUCAGCCCAGGACCUGAAGCGGCAGAGGUGCCCGUGAAGGGCCUGGCCGUCCUUCGGCAGUUCCCCUUUUCUUCAGCCCUGCAGCGGAUGACGGUGGUGGCCCAGGAGGCCCCUGGGGACGGCCAGGUCUUCAUGAAGGGCGCCCCGGAGAUGGUGGCCAGUUUCUGCCAGCCGGAGACAGUGCCCCCCAGCUUUGCCCGGGAACUCCAGGGCUGCACUUCCCAGGGCUUCCGAGUCAUUGCCUUGGCACACAAACGCUUGCAGGAAGGAAGGCCGGCUGCCUCCAUGACCAGGACCCUCUCUCUUGUGGCCAGGGAGGAGCUGGAGUCCGGCCUGACCUUCCUGGGGCUGCUGGUCAUGGAGAACCGCCUGAAGAGCCAGUCCAGGCCGGUCCUGCAGGAGCUCAGCCAGGCCGGCCUCCGGAGCGUGAUGGUCACUGGCGACAACCUUCAGACGGCGAUCACCGUGGCCAGGAACGCGGGCAUGAUCCCCCAGGGCAGCCGGGUGGUUCUGGUGGAAGCGAGGGCCUGGCCAGGGCAGCCCUCGGCCUCUGUCAGCUGGGAAGAGCUGCAGGAGCCCGGCAGUGGCGCAGAGGGGGGCCUUCUGGCACCUGGGGGAGACCCUCCACCCGCCGGGGACCUUGGCUGGCACUUCUGCCUGAGUGGGGGCUCCUACGAGGUCCUCAGCCAGCACUUCGGGCACCUCCUGCCACAGCUGCUGCUGAACGGGACGGUCUUUGCCCGGAUGUCUCCGGCCCAGAAGGCCCACCUGGUGCAACAGUUCCAGCAGCUUGACUACUACGUGGGCAUGUGUGGAGACGGGGCCAACGACUGUGGGGCCUUGAAGGAGGCCCACGCUGGGAUCUCCCUCUCCCAGCAGGCGGCCUCGGUGGCUUCCCCCUUCACCUCCCAGGUCCCCACCAUUGAGUGUGUGCCGGAGCUGAUCAGGCACGGCAGGGCGGCCCUGGUCACCUCCUUCUGCAUGUUCAAGUACAUGGCCCUCUUCAGCCUGGCCAGCUACAUCGGGGUCCUCCUGCUCUACUGGCAACUCAACUCCUUUGGGAAUUACCAGUUCCUCUUCCAAGACUUGGCCAUCACCACCCUCAUCGGGAUGACAAUGAGCCUGAACGGGCCCCACCCCAGCCUGGCGCCCUAUCGCCCCCCCACGCAGCUGAUCGCCCCUCCGCUGCUGCUCUCCGUGGUGCUGAACCUGCUCCUCAGCCUGGCGGUGCAGCUGAGCGGGUUCCUCCUGGUGCAGCAGCAGCUCUGGUACUCGGCCAGCGACAUCCACAGCGCCUGCUCCCCUGGGAACGCCACUCACGCCCCCCAAGCCCCCCUGCCCCGGCAAGGCUUCCAGAGCUACGAGAACACCAGCGUCUGGCUCCUCUGCACCCUCUACUGCCUGACGGUGGCCGUGGUCUUCUCCAAGGGGAGGCCCUUCCGGGAGCCCCUCUACAGAAACUAUGUUUUUGUGGCAGUCCUGAUGGCGCAGCUGGCGGCCUGCCUCUUCUUCCUCUUUGCCAACAUCGAGGGACUCUAUGCCCAGAUGGACCUGGUCUGCACCCCCACCCUCUGGAGGGUCUGGCUGCUGGGGCUGCUGCUGGUCGCCUUCAUCGCCUCCCUCGCUGUGGAGGAGUGGCUGAUAGAGAACCGGGCGCUCUGGUAGUGGCUGAAGAGGGCCGUGGGCUACCAGUCCAGCAGCCGCUACAAGCAGCUCCAGCGGACCCUGCGGCAGGACCCUGCGUGGCCCCCCAGCAACAGGACGGACUUCUCGGGCUGCACGGCUGUCCCCCUCGAAGGGCCGGGCCCCACCUACACCAAUCCGGCCUUUGUGAGCCACGAGCAGCCCUGCCACAACUGCUGA